AGGACAGAGGCGAAGACGGAAGGGACUGGAGGGUGCGUGCUGAUCCGAUAAUGGGAGAGCAGUGGGGCAGGUCAGAGAUGGAAUGAGAGGCUCGGUUCAACUCAAAAAAACGUUCUCAGUAGUUAACAGCUGGAGGAGUUAUUGCAGUGUCUGAAAAGGAAACAGCAAAGCACCCGGGAGAUAGUGAACCACCCCUCUACCUGACAGAAAAACAUGUCUUGCCAGUUCAAGAAAUACUAACCUACCCAAGGAAGAAUGAUGAGUAAUUGCUAAUCUGCUCAAGGAAGACUGUGCAGAGUUAUUUAAACUGUUUGUGUGUAUGAGAGAGAGAGAGAGAACUGGCUGUUUGCCCUUGUGCGAGUGUGCGAGAAACUGAAGAAUAAAAUCAGCCUGCCCAUGGAAAAGAAGUAAAUUGCCAGUCUAUCUGCUGGGGACACAAUUACCAACCUGUUGAAGUGAGAGGGGACAGAGAUAAGCCAAUGAUUGUGAUUGAGAAGUAUUGCCAUGCUUGAAAAAGUGUACUCAAAACAUUGAAGCAGAUCCCAGGCAACAGAAAUCAGGACUGUGGAUCCAGCUGCUUGAAGUGUGGUUUUUGAAUGCACAGCAUCUCUGAGGAGUUGAGUAUGCUGCCUGCUGCAAUGAAGAGAUGGCUCCACAAACCGAAAAGGUCCAACCCACAUCCAUUGGCUCAGUUCUUCUAUGCAGAUAAGGAAGUGAUUCAAGUGACGUCUGAGCUGAAUAACGUGAAUCUGCACAAUGACCCCCAACAAUAUAUGGUACAACUAAAUAAUCUUCGGGCCAGGCAGGACCACAUGCUACAGAUAAUUAAUCAGAUAAUGGAUGACUGCAUCCCCAAUGAGCGACCAAAUCGAGAUUUCUACAUCAAGUUUCCAGAUGAAGUUUUACAGGAACACCUAGGAGUACAACUGUGGUUUGCUGCUGAGUGUUUAGUAGCUGGUUCCCUCAUCGACAUACAUGAAUCCGAAAUGCUUCUAUUGCACCCUCUGGCAGAGGACCUCCUGCGCAAUCUAGAGGAGGUGCGCUAUCUACUCCGGGAACAGUGUCUCUCUGAUUACACCAUCUAUACAGAUGACAUCAAAGCAGCUCUUAUUCGGUUUGACAGGGUCUUCGCAGAGUUUGAGUUAAGCUAUGUUUCUGCAGUAGUUCCCAUCAAAUCUCCUGAGGAGCUCUACAAUCAGCAACAGAUUAUUGUGCUCUUCUGUGAAACUGUUGAUAGGGCAUUGAAGCUGGGUUACUUGACACAAGACAUGAUUGAUGGUUUAGAACCUGUACUGAUGUUUACCAUUCCACGUCUUGCUAUCAUUUGUGGGCUGAGGAUCUACCCUGAAGGACCGCUCAACCUACAGAGGCAGCCAGAUGACAUGUCCAAGCUUUUUAAACCUUUCUACACCCUUCUGCAAAAAAUAAGGGACUUACUUUAUGUCCUCACAGAAGAAGAACUAUCUUUCUUAGAGAAGAGCCUGUGUACUGUGGAAGCUGAAGAUUUCUUCAAUAGCCACACAGUGUUGCCCAACCUUUCAUCCCUUCACAACAGCGCAUUGAAUCAUGAAGGAAUCAAUGUAUAUGCCAAUGGGGUUUCACCUAAUACACGUGAUUCAGAGGAACUUGACCAGUUAAAAUUGCUCGUCCACCAAGCAACCAAUGAGGUGUAUUCACAACAGUCUAACUCCGAUGUAUCCAAUUCACUCAAGCAAACUCCAAAUGAAAUGAAAGAUUCUUUGGAAGCUUCUAAUCUUAGAUUUGAGAAAGAAAAUGAAAUAUGGGAACAAGAGUUUGGACGGGACACCAAUGGCAGCACACAAGCGAAUGUACAGGAUCAAAGUGAAACGAUCUUGGCGGAUAGUCCUAAGUCAUCUUUAUUUGCUUCUACUAACAGCUUGACUGAUUCCAAAGCCAUCCAACACUUUAGCGCUUCAGAAAUUGGCCAUCCAGAAUUAGUUGAUGGGCUUGAAUCAACAGGAGCAUCCACAUUUAAUACCAUCCAAACUAAUUAUUUUACUGAUAUUCCAGGUACAAGCUGUGUGCUAACGACUUCUAAACAGGACCAUGUUGUCCCUUCAUUAAAUGCCUAUUCUUCUGGCGGAGACACUUUGAAACAGAAAGCUGAGGCUUCAUCUUUUCUGAGAACACAUCCAAGUAAAGAACUUGUGGAAGGAGUUGAAGAGCGAAAUAAAAUGACAAAACAGUCCAAUUGUGAUGGAAGAAUUGCAAAUACUCAUAUGAUGUCUGAAGAUCCACACAUGAAUAACAGCAGAGUAUCUAAAGGAGAGGAUGAGUCUUGUGUCGUGGAUCGUGAAACACUAAAGCACGCAGUGUGGGCUGUGAGAGCGGCUGUAAGGGAGGAAAUCAGGUCACGGUACCGCAGCCGCAGUGAUAUGCUUCAUCGGCUCUUUGUUUGUAUCUCAGGUGUAGCAGACCAACUUCAGACUAACUUUGCAGGAGACCUGCGACGGAUUUUAAAAACUGUCUUUGAGAUUGCAACGUCAACUCCAGAGAAAAAUGAAGAUGUUAUAGUAGAGGAAACAGAGGAGGAGCAUGUUAAUCUAGACCCUAUCUUGGAUGAUUGUGUGCUUUGUCAGGAAUCCCAUUCCUACUCAUCUAGAGCUUCCAAUUUAAAUAGUGCAAAAAUAGAAGUGCCCCCAGAGUGGAUUGCAGACUCUGCCUGUAAUCAAUGCAUGUCUUGUAAAGCACCAUUUACGAUUAUCAGAAGGCGGCAUCACUGCAGGAACUGUGGAAAGAUAUUCUGUUCCCGCUGUUCUUCCCAUUCAGCACCAUUACCUUGGUAUGGACAGAUGAAGCCAGUCCGUGUCUGCACACACUGUUACACAUUUCACCUCACUCCCUGCUACUCCAAUACGUCUGCAUGUUAACCUGAAGCUCAAAGCCAGUGAGUCUCAAUAGACUUGCAAAGAGAUAAGCAAUGGGAUAAACCCAUGGUAAUGAUUGUUAGGAAUUUGAUCCCUGUGAACAAGAGGUGGACCAUCUUCAAAUCAUCAUUACCAGAAGAAUUCAAUUGUUCCCAGUCCAACUUUGUAGUCUCAAUUCAAUGUAUUAACUCUGAUACCAAUGCAAACCUAUAAAGAAAAAGGUGUAAAAGUUGUGCUUGGUAACUGAGGUUAUUUAAUGACAACUGUGCCGAUGACUCUUUCCCAAUGGAUAAAGCCAAUCAGCAAAAGUUUUGUAUGGUUUUAAGGUAGGGAUCAUCAAAGAACCUAAAUUUUCUGUGAUUUUGUUUGCAUCAACAUAAUUUGAUUCUAUAAAUUGAUAGUGAGCACUUAUGGGAAUGAACAUAAUGCUAAGAUGUAAAAAUGGUAUCAAAUCUGAAAUGGGGAAAAGAAUUAAAUCUUCCUGGACUCAAUUGGUAUCUUUUGUUGCAGCCGAUAGUUGCAAUGAUCUGUUCAGGUAGUCCAGUUUAUUACAAUUCUAGUGAAGCAACCUGGACUGUUAAUCUCAGGUAAACUGCAUUAGAAUGAUGUGCCACAAAAACAGGCACUUCUGGACGAAGGUAUUUUGAUGACCCAAAAAUAACUUGUGUGAAAAUCUUUAGGAUUAAUGUCACAGAAUAGCAUCAAUUAAAUGUUUGGAGAAUUGGGUCUUUGCCCACUAUGUAUUGAUUGUACUAGCAGGAAGCAGUGUUGGAACAUACAUUUGUUAUUGACAAUGCUAAUUAAAAAAUCAUUACACUGGA